AUGGCCAAGUCUGCUCCAGGGGCCUCACGCGUAAAGCCCGACCAGCUCAAGGCCAGCAUCGAGGCUCACAAUGCUUCUUUCGACGAGCUGCUGAGGCACGUCCCGGCCAAGUACUACAUCAGGCCAGAGUCGGACGAUGAGGAUGAGACUCCGAAGCAGUCGGGCAAGCUCACAAAGGCGCAGCGAAAGGCGCUGAAGAAGGCGAAGCAGGAUGAGACUGUCCGGGCCGCGAAGAACGAGGCGAAGCGGGAGGCGCGGCUGGCCAGGUACGACCCCGACGAGCCAAAGACGAUCGCAGAGAUCCAGGCAGCCAAGCUGUCGGGCGUCGCCAUGGGCAAGAAGCGCGCUGCCGACUCUGACGACGAGACGGAGGCUUCGUUUGACGGCGAGCUGAACGGCGAUGCGUGGGAGGACGAGGAGGACUCGCCGAACGAGACGGACUUUGCCGAUUCGGACGACGAGGAUGGCGAGAUGCUCGAAUUGAAUGACGAGGGGUUGCUGCAGCAGGACGCAGCGAAGAAGAGCGGAGGACCUGCACCGACAAUCACGGAGCUGAGGGAGAAGCUGCAGCGCCGGAUCGCGGACAUCCAGGCGAAGAAGCGGGGCGAGAAGGCGGCUGCGUCCGGCACUAAGUGUGACGACGCUUCGGAUGCCGAGGAAGAUGAGGACGAGGAGGGCAGCGAGGCCGAGGUGAAGAGUAAGGACGAUCUGCUGGCGGAGCGGAGGCGUCGGGCGGCUCUGCGUGACAACCGGCGCAAGAAGCUCAAGGAGCGCAUCAAGGCGGAGAAGAGUGACGGGGCGAAGAAGCGGGCGAAUGAGCCUAGCAACGGGCGCAAGGGUGGAGGAAAGGCGAAUGCGGUCCAGGACGACGAGCGGCCAAGGAAGAAGGCGAAGGCGGACGACGCUACCGGCGACGACUCGCACUCUGUCGUUCCCUACGACUCCGCCGCCGCAUCCGCCUCGACUUCCAAGGCCAACCCCAACUCGAUCGCGUUUUCGACCCUCGACUUCUCCUCUUCCUCCCAGCAUGCCGCCGACGCCGGUCUGACGCCCAAACAGCUCAAGAAGAUGCAGGCAGCCGAAGGGUCGUUGAAGAAGAACCGCCACGCAUUGCCCAAGGACGCGAACCAGGCGCUCGAAAUUCUUCAGAAGCGCAAGGAGCGCCUUGAUGCCCUCGAUCCGGAGAAACGCGAGAAGAAAGAGGAGAAGGAACGGUGGGAGAAGGUCAUGCUCAAGGCGGAGGGCGAGAAGGUCCGCGACGACGAGAAGCGGCUGAAGAAGAUGGCGAAGAGGCAGGAGCGCGAGAAGCGCAAGUCGGCCAAGGCAUGGACUGACCGCAAGGCGACUGUCGAGAAGACCAUCUCCGACAAGGUUGCCAAGCGCAACGCCAACCUCGCCGCUCGCUCCAAGGCCGUCAAGGACAAGAAGAUGGGCAUCAAGAACAAGAAGAGCGGCAGCGGAAAGAAGGUGUCGACGAGCAGCGGCAAGGCGCGGAGCAAGGGCAGGCCCGGGUUCGAGGGCGGCGGGCGGAAGAAGAAGUAG